GCCACGCAGACCCUGCGCUUCCGGGGAGAGACUGCUGGACCAGGUUCCAAAGGCGGCAGGUCAGAUGUUGCCGCUGAACAAAUUUUAAAAGGUAAGGAAAAAACAAUUGCAAAAACCGACAAACAGGAUAUCAGAAACCAGCAGGGCAGUUCCUGGAUUGUGAUUGUACAGUUUACGGAGACUGUGACCUAGGUGGGGAGCCACUACAGCCUGUACAAAUUCUUCUGGACUGUGGUGACCAGAGGGCUCCUUAGCCUGGCGUGAAAUCGUCCAGAGCGAAAUGGCUAGCAAAUUAGGACCGGAGCAUCUCUUCAAUCCAGGAACUGAAGUGGAGGAGGCGGGAACGGUUCUGGGUACCAAGAUCUCCAUCCCAGCUCUCUUGCCCCAAGGCCCUGCCAAGGAGUGGCUGGAGCAGCGGAAGGCAACCAUCCGACCCUGGGCCAAUUUUGUGGAUCAGCGGCGCUUUGGGAAACCUCGGAAUUUUGGGGAACUGUGCAAAAGGCUCGUGCGCAAUGUGGAAUAUUUCCAGAGCAACUACGUCUUCGUUUUCUUGGGGCUCAUUGUUUAUUGCCUCAUUACAUCUCCUCUCCUCCUGAUUGCGCUCGCCGUCUUCUUUGGGGCCUGUUACAUCAUCUACCUGAAGACGCAGCAGUCUCAGCUUGUCGUGUUUGGCCGGGAACUUAGCACAGCCCAUCAAUACGGCCUGGCUGGAGGCAUUUCUUUCCCUUUCUUCUGGCUGGCAGGAGCCGGAUCUGCUGUUUUCUGGGUGCUGGGUGCCACUUUGGUAGUCAUUGGCUCCCACGCUGCCUUUCACGAGCUGGAAUCCGGAGAGGGCGAUGAACUGCAGAUGGAGCCAGUGUGAAGAGCCCGGCAGACGUCGGCUGAUGCUUUUACAUCCCCAGUGCUUUCUGUGCUUCAGCGUCCCUCUUCCGUUGCCUCUGUAUAUACAGAUGAUGUCCUGUGGGAUUUUUCCCCUCUCCCCAAGAGCCUGACUUGCAGGCUCCCUUCUGGUCCUUUAAUCAUCCACCAUUCUCCUUAAUACCUCCCUAUUUCUAGCCCCUUCUAUCCCUCUGGGGGUAGGGUCUCAACUGGGAUAUGCUCUAAUGCUGUCCUUCCUUCCUUUCUUCGACUGUGAGUCCAUCACGCACUAACUCGUCCCAUAACAGUCAUGCCUUGGAAUUUUUCUGGCCUCAAUCUGAAUGCAGUCUCCUUUCUUCUUCCUUACCAAUAAUAUUAAAGAAAGAAACCAGG